AUGCUCCUCCGCUGCGGCCGCCGCGCCGCGCUCCUCCUCGCCGCAGCCGCCGCCAUCUCGCGCGGCCGCGGCCCCGACACGGCCGUCUACGCCUCGGUCUCCCCGCCGCAGGCGCUCCGCCAGGCCCUCCCCGCCGCCGCCGCCGAGGAGCUCCGCUCCGGCACCCGCCUCUUCUCCCCGUGGUUGCUCCCGUCUCCGUACCAAGGGUUCCCUAUACUAAAUACCUUCGCGUCUGCAUCGGUUUCACCUGAUGACCACAGAGACCAAGGUUCUGACGGAAGCUCAGGUGAUUCAAGAUGCUGCCCAGGGUGUCUAGGCAGGAAUUCGAUUGCCAAGGCGGCAUCUGCAGUUGGUCCUGCUGUUGUAAACAUUUCUUCUAUGCAUGAUAUGCAUGGAUGGGUGCAAGAGCAGAGCAUCGGAUCUGGAACUAUAAUAGAUCCAGAUGGGACAAUAUUCACAUGUGCGCAUGUUGUUGCAGAUUUCCAAAGCACAAAAGCAAUUGUGAGGAGAAAGGUUAGUGUGACUUUACAAGAUGGUCGUGAAUUUGAAGGUGUUGUCCUUAAUGCUGACCGCCUGUCUGACAUUGCCGUUGUGAAGAUUAAAUCUAUGACCCCCUUUACCGGCUGCCAGGCUUGGAUCGUCAUCUCGACUUCAGCCAGCUGUGUUGACCGGAAAAGCAGUGAUCUGGGUCUUGGAGGAUUACGAAGGGAGUAUCUGCAAACAGAUUGCGCUAUUAAUAAAGGCAAGACCGUUGGUUUUGUGUUGCUAACAUGUGAAAUUAGUGUGCAAGGAAAUUCUGGAGGCCCUCUUGUGAACCUUGAUGGUGAGAUUAUUGGAGUUAAUGUGAUGAAAGUUUGGAAUGCUGAUGGUUUGAGCUUUGCAGUACCAAUUGACUCUGUCAUUAAAAUAGUAGAGAACUUUAAGAAAAAUGGGAGAGUUGUAAGGCCAUGGCUUGGUUUAAAGAUGCUUGACCUGAAUCCCAUGAUCAUUGCACAGCUCAAAGAAAAAUCAAGUACUUUUCCAGAUGUUACACCAGCAUCUCCAGCUGAACAAGCAGGAUUUCGUCCUGGGGAUGUGGUUGUUGAAUUUGGUGGCAAACCAGUUGAGAGCAUCAAAGAGAUCAUUGAUAUCAUGGGGGACAAGGUCGGAGUACCAUUUAAAGUUCUUGUUAAAAGAGCGAACAAUGUGACAGUGACCUUAACUGUGAUACCAGAGGAGGCAGAUGCCAGCAGAUGA